UAUAUUGUGCAGACGAAUUAGAAUGUACUUUCCAAUACUCUGUGUACACUAAUAUGGCCAGUUGUUUAAAUAGGCUGGAAUUACUGAUCCAUUGGACUUUCCGUUAGCACUUGAUCAGUUGUUGAAGUUGGAAAUGGCUAUGAAGGUUAAGUGGCAUCCACGCUGGAAGAACUGUUCCGUCGUUAUGAUUAUAAAAAAUGAUCCUAUUAUCCAGCAACUUAAGGAAAAAUGGGGAACAGAUGAGGAACCUAUUCCAAUCCAAACUGUCGUACCUGAGACUCUGGAGAUUAAAGAGAGUGUUGAUGAGGCUAAAACAGAUGGCAAUGAAGACUGUGAAUUGGUUACAGACCUGGAAAUUACAUCUGAGCACAAGCCUGAUGCUGUCACACCUGGUGGUAAGAGGCAUCUUCCUGCUGCAUCAAGUGAAUCCAUUGAUUUGGACGGAUUACAUGAUGGGGAACUGUCAUCAAACAAGCUGAAGAAGAUAAUUAAAAUGGAGAAGAUUGAUUAGAUCUAUUUUUAUUUUGUGUGUGUUUUGCUUAGGUGUUUGUUAUAAAAACUGAAUGUUAGUUUCCUUUGCUUUUAAUCAUGUGUGUGAUUUCAUUUUCUGUAAUAAUUAGUGCAUGAA